AUGUUUGAGUGUUCCAUCUGCCUCUGUGCGCUCGAGUCGGAGGCGUCCGUCGCCGUCGUUUGCGGGCACGUCUUCCAUCGUAGCUGUAUCGUUGAAUGGUUUGGGACGUCGAAUUCAUGCCCAACGUGCCGUAUCGCAGUCCGCUCGCAGAAGGCGUUGGUGCGACUGUUCUUUGCUGGAAAUCGCGGCGAGCCGACCAGUGAAAGCGACGGCGCUCGCGCUGCAGAGGCGGGAUACCAGGCGCUCAUGCGAGACCUAGGAGACGAGGAAGAAGCGCCUCCGUCAGCAAAGAUCCAGCAGGAAUUGCAGCAACUGCGAGCGCGAAGAGACCACGAUGCACGCGUAUUAGCCGAGUCACAGGUCAGCAUCGAGCGGCAACGAAUCCUACUUGAAGCGGCAGCCAACCAAGCGAGGGGUCUGCUCGCGCGAGUGAACGAUGCUGAAUCAAUUCGUGCUACCUUGAGUCUUCGCUUGGCAAACAUGCAAAGCCUGGAGCGGGAAAACGCGCUCUUGCAAUCUCGCGCCCAGCAAAGCGAAAAGCAGCUCGAGCAGCUCAAGCGCGAGCAUUUGGCGAUUUCUGCAUGCGUCUCGUUUCGAGAUGCCGACCCCGAAAAAGUGCAAGCCAAGCUGAACAACUUUCGAUCUCAUCCCAAUGCUGUCGAAGAGCUCAUCAAAAUGCAGGAUUGGAUGUCAAAGGAAUUCCGAAAACAAAAAGACCUGCUGUCUGACACCCAUGCCAAGCUACAAGAAAAGACCAGUCUAUACGAACAGCUCGAAAUUGAGGCAAACAAGCAUCGGCGAGACGCAAACGAGGCUCAGCUAGCUGCAGCGCGACUUACCGACGACUGCCAAGCACUCGAGAAUGAACUCGCGGAGCUAAGAGGUCGAUUGAAAUCAGCGUCACGCAUGGUCGUCUCUUCUCCCCCUGUACUUGCCACACGCGAAAGCAACAGCAACUUUAUCGACUUGGAUGCCGACCCUGUUGUCGUCUCCCUGCCUCAUCCUACGACUACUCCAAAGAUAGCUCGACAUGCAUUCACACCUGCCGAUCGGGUGGACUCAAAGCGACCACGGCUCGCGUCUAGUUCUGCCAGCUCCAACGAAACAUUUGAUGCCAGCUUUUUCAACCAACCACGUCGUGCCCUUGGUGCUGCUUCCUUCCUGCCCUCAUUCGGAAAUAAACAGAGACUUGCCUACACGAAAGGAUUUGAUGGGUUGGGCGGUCGGUCCACAGUUCAACGACCUCGUUGAUUUUUGCUCUCCUUUCGCUCACCGCACCGAGGUUAAUGUGAAUAGCACAGAAACAGCGCAUUGAUGCGUGCACGUAAACAAGAAAUAAAUUAUUACACUGUUU